GUGGGAGGGUGAUUUGGGAAAAAUCAAAGGUGAGAGACAAGCAAAAAAUAUUAUGUAAGAUUAAAAACUUGAUGACGUUUAAUAUUCUAAAUUUAUCUAAAUAUUUUUUUUCUUUUCUAGUUAUCCACAAAAGCAGAUAUUUGGUCAAUGGGGAUUAUUAUUUUAGAAUAUAUUCUAAAUAGCCCUUCAAUGAAAGGGCCAUUGGAAAUGUUUAGAUUUUUACGAGGAAAUAUAACAACUAAUCAUCGUAUAGGUAUUCUCCAAAUAUUAAAAGAAUUAAAUUUUUUCUACAAAAUGAGAGAAAAGAAAUGGAAUAAGAGAAUACAGAAAAGAUUUGAAGUUUUUGUAAAAGAAGAAUUAGAAAAAAGAAAGGGAAAAUCUAAAAGUAGACAUAACAGUAGUAGUAAUAGAAGUUCAAGUACUAGUACAAGUAGUCAACAAAAUGAAUAUCUUGAAUAUUUAAAACCUCCAGAAGAAAGUUAUUUAGCUUAUAUUAUUUUAAUAUUAAAUAUACAAAAUACACAUCCAUUCAUUUUUCGAAUGGUAACAGCUUCGUUAGAAUAUAAUCAAAUAGAUCGUCCAUCGGCUAUUGGAAUGUUAUCUUUUAUGGAAGGGAAAUGUUAUUUUAGACAUGAAAUUAAUAAAAAAAAUAAAAACCCAAUUUUUAUUGUUCCAAAAUUAAUUUUUAAAGGAUUGGAUUAUUUAAGAAAAAAAAGAGAGGGAAUUGAACAACAAACUUUAAAAAUUAAUGGUAAAUUGUUUUAA